AUGAAUUCAACCAAGGAUCCCCCUAUCGAAACAAUUCGAAUACCCAGAAAUUCCUAUACAGCGUUUAAACUCCGAUUCUGCGAUGCUUAUGAACUUCAGCAGAGUACUACAAUUACCUCUUUGGGUAUAAUACCUUUACCGUGGAUACUUGAUCGAAGAGCUGCGCAUCUUGCAACUGGAGAAACGAGCAAGCAUUGCAACAGUGAGCUCAAUUUUAGGAGGGCUGGUUCCAGUGGCUCCAGUGGCUCCAGUGGCUCCAGUGAUUCCAGUGACUCUAACGACUCUAAUGAUUCUAGUGAUUCUAACAAAACCAAGCUACAAUCUAGACAAGAUAUUUCUACAGGACGCAAUAGAAAGAAGUCGAUUUUACCACGAAGAAAUGUCCUUUCUUCGGGUGGCUUACGGAAAGUUCUUGACACAAGCUCGACAGUGGUCCGAGACUCUCUUUACGAUGCUCAAGCGGCACUUUUAGGUGCUGAAAGUGAUGAAGACAGCAGUGAGGGCUUUAGUGAUGCUGUUGAGGAACUUAAUGAGACCACUCACGGAAGACCCAGAUUUCAGGCUUACGACGGUGCUUCAGAUCUAUUAACUAUCCCUGAACCGAGGGCUAGACCGCUUCCCAGGCGUGGAAUUACGUUUGAUUUACCGAAAUCAUUUCAUAAGCUGUCCACUUCGAUGCCAUCACCUGAAAUUACGAAUCCUACAUCUGUGAGAGAACAGGAAAUACCUGACAGAGGAGGAAGUACGGUCGAGGUAAAACACGAGCCAAUGACCAGUAUCCCUAUUGACCAAAGUAAUGAUUCCGCUGGAUUCUUUAGGGCUAGAACAGUUGGAGCAAAGUUAGGGGCGGGAAGAGAGAGCCAGAAGCAGUAUGAAAGGCGUAAAUUGAGACGUAUGAUGAAGAAAUUCGGUGAAGGAGACACUAUAUGGAUAGAAACCAUGCUUGUUUUAGUGAAGGACGGUGCAGAAGUGAAUGAAAGAGUGGCUGACAAGUGGCACGAAUAUGUCAUUACCGUGAAGGCCACAGGAGAUGAAAACCAUCCAGCAGUAAUGCUUUUUUACAAGCUAAGUCGAUUUCAGCUGAUUAACCGAGAUCCUGAGGAUACUGUCAACCAGUCAUUUAAACUUUACAAGAGACACACCUAUGACAUGAAGAUUAUUUUAUCGAGCCAAGACACCGAGGUUAGUCUAUUUGGUGCUCUUGACAGAAGCUUUUGCAUUAAAAAAUUACCUGGAUCCAUUGGAGGCAAUUACCUGAGACUCCUUCUUCUUCCACAUACUACGAAGGCAUCUAUUCGCUGGGUUGCGUUUCUUAGGACACUACUAGUGGAUGACGGAACGAUGCUUUAUGGUAAAAGUCUUUCAAUUCAAAUUCCCAUGCUUAAGAUGUCUCUUUCCUUUCGAAACAUGAAUAUCGAUCUUCAAGACGAAGACGAUCAGAAUAACUUUUUGGUAAAGUAUAGACUCAAUGGCUACGAGAUACCCAGAUUCAGCAAACUUGAUCGAUUACUAGAUGAGGUGAGUCGUGAAGUGGAGUGUAUGGCCAAAAUCGGUAAGGUUCCUCUUUCCAAAAGGACUUCGCAGUUCAUGCAGAAGCUUCAGCAGGACCGAAACUUCCUCGGAUUUGCUUUUCGGACAUGUGACCGUCUGGAAUGGGUUGUAGCUGAUUCUGAGCUAUCUGUGGCCUCUUUAUGGGCUCUAAUGACCGAUAAAUUUGAACUAGAACUUCGACAGUAUCGUCACGACUCACAUAUUGUGACCUUUGAUGAAGUCUCUCAGGUAUCUGCGGUAUCCGUGUGCUCCCCAAUUUCUAGUGUUGCUUCAGCGAGCACGAUCUUAAGAGUUUUGGAGCCACUACCGGUAGAGGGAUUUCUCAUUAGGCUUACCAAUAGGGCAGGAAAGACGUCAACUACUUUUGGAAGAGGCUACUUUAAAUUGGAGUACUUCUACACUGUUGGUCACCUUCUACUAUUCCAGCCAUUUUAUAAAGCUGUUCCUCUAUUUGACAAACCGGUGGACGACCUGAUGAGUUCUUCAGGGACUGUUUAUGACAUAUCCGAGCUUGAAGAGAGAAUAAAUGGAAGGAAGAGCUGCUUCGAAAGUUGUCCUUUCCCAAGAGAUGGCAGUCAUGUUGCAUGGUUCAAACCUGGAAUCAAUGCAUCCGAGUUCCAAAAUAGAGAUAAUGCUGCUCUUUAUGAGGCGGAGAGAAGAGCAUGUCUUGUGGCGAAUACAAGCAGAGUGGUGGACUUAUGCAACGUUCGCAAAGUCAUUGCAGUGUCCAACAAGUCUUUAAAUAAAGCCGCCAAAUAUGCAUCGACAAUCACAUGGGGGAUCUCACUUAAAGAUUCAUCAAAGACGGAAUUCCAGGAUGCUGUGUUCGACAUGGAACUGGUGGAUGGAUCCAGAGUAAGACUUUUGGCAUGCAGCCAAGGAGUGAGAGAUCUAUGGGUUACCAGGCUAAACCAACUUUGUGAGUUUUGGAUCCAUAAGCGGAACCAGGACUUGGAAAGACGGAACAAGUUGAAGCAACUGAAUAUGAGAAAGUUCAAUAUCGACGAUGUGAUGAAUGAAGAGGGGCAUAACCGGUGGGAGUUAUUGAGAGCAGACGUGGACCUGACACUAUACACGAUUUCAUCACAUUCUUUAGAUCAAUCGGUACUGAUGAGUGGAAGCUUGUAUGAGAAACGGGCAAAGUACCAAUCCUUCAUUAAAGUGUAUGCAAUUCUUACUUCGGGCUUUCUACUGCUUUUCAAUCCGUUUGAAAGGCAUACUUUAUCACGACGAGCCAAGGCCACUUCGUACUCAAAACAUUGGGCUACUAUAGGAUUAUCAGGAUGCUACGUUUUUUGCGAUCCGGAUAACGAUCUUGAUUUACAAACCUUGCAUCCAAGAUUCAACAAGUUGUAUCCUGGAGAUCACUCAUUACCCAGAGUCUACGGAGAUGGAUGGAGAAGUUCCGAGGACCAAGAAUUUCGGUAUUUUACUGUAUGGUUUGGUAACAGUAAAAGGACGAAAAAGCAUGAAAGAGAUCAAAAAGUGGCGGAAGAACAACAGAAAACCGACAGUCCCUCGGGAAUUAUGAAGGCAGCUAAGAAGUUUGGGCUAGGAACAACGCAUCUAACGUUUCUAGCACGAUCACAAAUAGAGAGGGACCUAUGGGUGAUGAGAUUACAGGCUGAAAUCGAUCGAAUGGAGUGA